CCGUCCCUCAGGUCUGUUGGUUUUCAACUGUUGACCAAUAGUAAUCACGUCCGUCUUCUUUGGGAUUGACAAGUGGAAGGAAACGUAUCGAAUUCUACUUCCGGACGAUGUUGAAAACUGAAUGUUAUGAGGACGGCGAAUGAUUCUCGGCGACCGGGAAAAUAACCUGAGCCAUCAAAUCUCACGCCUGGUCCGAAAUUGUCUAGAAAGUGCAAUCAUAAGCAGAACUAAUCCACUGGAGACUCAACUUAGAAGCCAAGUGGUCGAAAUUGUCCGGGAGUGCCAAGAGGAGCUUUUCACUCUUUCAACUAAGGCCGUCAUCACCCACCACCUGCCCCGGUCGGCAUAUCAGCAGACACCAACGGAAUCGUUGGCUGAGACUCGUUUAACCUUUGAGUUGACGAAGGCACAGCAUAACAGAGAAACGCCAGAGGGGAGGGGGGAGACCAGAUGUAUUAUAUUAAUGAUAUUCCAAAUUGCUCCGACUCAAAUGGAAUGGCCCUUUUGUACCCUGCACAAUACCCCUCGCGCGUGCUAUACGCUGAGAUUCGGCACCUUUGAGCAACUUCGACGAAAUCUCUGCCGACCUUGGAGAAUUCAGCUUCUGAACGCGACCGACAUUUUGCGAUGUCCAUUUGUCACAUCGUUACUGAAUCUUCUCAGGCUUAUGCGAAAGAGAAGGGCGCUCUGAAGAAAGACUGAAGUGGUAUUAAGCUCAUGUGGCUUAUGUGUACCAAUGCACAACACCCCUCUCUGCAUGUCGUGAGCUGUCAUAUCAUCGGGUAUAACUCUGCAGGUGCAGUGCAUUAAGCAAGGCUACACCCGGGCAGAUGUGAUAAGAAGUCACUUGCAUCAUUCGUUGGGCUAUUGCCGGUUUCCGAAUAUUGCUCUUAACAGUAAGAUCGGGCGGAAUCCGUCAUCCUCCACGUAAUUUUGGGAGACUCGGCUGGCUUUGUCACCGCAACAU